AUGAUUUUUGCCAUUGAAGAGAUCAACAGAAGUGAAAGUUUGCUCCCAAAUGUUUCUAUUGGCUACAGAAUUUAUGAUACCUGUAGUUCAAGAAUGUCUUCUAUGAGUGCAACUGUCGGACUAAUGAAUGGUCUAGAGAUUGAAGCAGGGGACACAUGCAGUGGACAGUCUCCUAUACAUGCUAUCAUAGGAGAAACAGAGUCUUCUGCCACCGUGAUUUUGUCCAGAACUACAGGACCUUUUAAAAUUCCAGUGAUAAGUCAUGCAGCCUCCUGUGAAUGUCUUAGUAAUAGAAAAGACUACCCCUCAUUCUUCAGGACUAUUUCUAGUGAUUACCACCAAGGCAGAGCACUUGCAUAUAUAGUCAAGCACUUAGGCUGGUCUUGGGUGGGAGCUGUGAACAGUGACAAUGAUUAUGGAAACAAUGGAAUGGCCAUAUUUCUUAAUACAGCUCAGAAGGAAGGUAUCUGUGUGGAGUACUCUGUGAAAUUCUACAGAACAGAGCCUGAAAAACUCAAAAAAGUGGUAGACACAAUAAAAAAAGGUACCGUAAAAGUGAUUGUUGCAUUCAUUUCAUUUCUUGAGAUGGGUUUAUUAACUGAACAGCUAAGUAUUCAGAACAUAACGGGCCUCCAAAUGGUUGGUGUGGAGGCAUGGAUAACUUCAAAGUCUUUGAUCACUCCAACAACCUUUCGUGUGCUGGGAGGCUCACUGGGGUUUGCAAUGAGAAAAAUCAAUAUUGAAGGUUUUGCCGAUUAUGUUAUAAAAGCAUUCUGGGACACAGCUUUUCCAUGCUCACAUGAUCAAGGGAAUGAUUCUCAGAUCAAAGUAAAUUGCAGCAGCUAUCAGGAUCUACUUGUGCUGAAAAAUUACAAUGAAGAUGUGCCUGAACACAGAUUUUCAAGCAACGCCUACAAAGCAGUUUAUGCUGUGGCUCACUCACUACACAGUCUACUCAAGUGCAAAACACAAGAAGGCUGUGCGAACGGCCUGAAAAUACAACCACAGCAGGUGGUUGAGGCUCUGAAAAAGGUAAAUUUCACUGUAAAGUUUGGAGAUCGUGUGUGGUUUGACAGCACUGGUGCCACAGUAGCCCAAUAUGAAGUUGUGAACUGGCAGCAGGAUUUUGAUGGAUCAGUCCAAUUUAAACCAGUGGGAUACUAUGAUGCCUCACUGCCCCCUGACCAGCGCUUUGUGGUUAACACUGAAAACAUACUUUGGGCUGGAGGACAGCUGGAGAAGCCGAGGUCUGUGUGCAGUGAGAGCUGUCCUCCAGGCACUAGGAAGGCUGCACAGAAAGGAAGACCUGUCUGCUGUUAUGACUGUAUUCUAUGUGCAGAAGGAGAAAUUAGUAAUGAGACAGAUUCAAAUAACUGCAGGCAGUGUCCAGGGGAAUACUGGUCUAAUGCUGAGAAAGAUAAAUGUGUGUUAAAGACUUUAGAGUUCCUCUCAUUCACAGAAGUUAUGGGUAUAGUGCUAGUCUUUUUUUCAUUGUUUGGAGCAGGAUUAACUCUGCUGGUGGCCAUCGUGUUUUACAGCAAGAAGGACACCCCCAUAGUAAAAGCCAACAACUCAGAGAAAGAGCAGAAAAAGAAACGAUCUAUGCACCAAUCGAAAACAAGAAUGGCAAGUUCAGAUGCCACAAAGAGCUCGAAGAACCGCCUGCUUGUUUUAAAUUAG